UGCGGGUCCUCUGGGCAGUGGGCAGCAGCGAGAGGGGAGCCCUGGCGCUGGGGGGGCAGUCCAGAAGGCUCCCCAGGAGACCGGGGGAAGGGCGGCCUGGCCCCCACGGUGGCCCAGCCCCCGGGCUGCUCAUUAUGGUAACAGUGGCCGCGCAGGCGGGAACCAUGGAAACGGUUAGUGAAGAGGAGAGAAGCUGAUUGCUGUUGUCGAGCACAACUAUCCUUCAGGAAAGAAAGUGAAAUUGUUCUGCAACCAGAGGAUGAGGAAGAGAAUUCAUGGACAGCAGGCGGGAAGGGAAAGAACUGCCAAAAGAAAACUUCAUACAGAAGGGAAAUCCCAUCAGCAGAUCUGACUGUUGAGAACAAAGGAAGAACAACCAAAAUGGCCCCUUCAGAGAGAAACUUGAAGAACGUUCUGGAACUCACCAGACAUACCCAGAGCCCCACCCUGAACCUUGGAAGAGGCCCAAGCAAAUGAAGUUUCCUGGCUAAAGUUUUCUUCUCUAAUUCAAACCCAGAUGUGACUCCACAGCCCAAGCUCAUCAUCCUGCCUCAUCAGUAAAAGAACCAGGACCAGAAUUCAGAUGGACCAAUCCUGCCAGUUCAAUGUCCGCAGCAGAGCCUGGUGUUCCCCUGCUGAAAGUAUGCAGACUCCACUUUUUCCCAGGGAUCUGCUUGGUCACCAAGGAGAGAGACCUCAGUAGGACACUGCUGGAUUCAAAACAACACCUCAGCAUCCAGCUCAUUGAAGCAUAGAAUCGAACAUUCUGGGAGAGCAUGAAAAUAUCUGCAAAACCCGGACCCUCGCCGUGAUAAUGAAUGUGGCAACUCCCAGGUCGCUGUUGAUACUCCUGCUCCUCGCAGCCGUCUGGAUCACGUACACCGUUUAUCAGAAGUCCACAAAGUGGUGCAGAGAGACCCACUUCACCAUCGCUGCCUCCCCGCUGGGACCCGCACCCGCACCUGCAGUGCCUGAGCCUAGUGUCAGGAGGAUCGUGGAGGAGCUCGACCAGCUCAUCCCAGCCCGGCCCUUCACCCACGUGAGCGCCACCACCAGCGCCUCACACAGCACAGCCACCAUCCUCCACCCCCGAGACACGUACUGCAGGGGGGACCGACUGGACGUCCUGCUCCAGGCCAGGGACCACUUGGGGCGCAGGAAGGAGUAUGGCGGGGAUUUCCUGAGGGCCCGGAUAUCCUCCCCAGCCCUGAAGGCCGGUGCCUCGGGGAAGGUGACCGAUUUCCACAACGGCACCUACCUGGUCAGCUUCACCCUGUUUUGGGAGGGCCCGGCCUCCCUGUCUGUCCUGCUCAUCCACCCCAGCGAGGGCGUGUCGGCGCUCUGGAGGGCCAGGAACCAAGGCUACGACAAGGUGAUCUUCAUGGGCCAGUUUGCCAGCGGGACUUCCUCUGUCAGCACUGAGUGUGGCCUGGCUUUAAACUCAAGUGCCGAAUUGUGUGAGUAUCUGGACGUCCGAGACCACGAAGCCUUCUAUUGCGUGAGGCCACCAGGCCUGCCGUGCGCAGCACUCACCCUCAUGCAUUCCAAAAACAAGGACAUUUCUUAUCUCAGCAAACAAGAGAAAAGCCUCUUUAAAUUGUCAAAUAUAGGUGUCGAGAUCAUGGACAGUCACACCACCAUUCACGUCUCCACAUGCAGCAAUAAAGAAGUUCCAGUGAAAGAAAAAUGCAAGCGUGGAAUGGCAGCCGCAGUGCCCAGUGGGCACGUCUGGAGAGACUCAUGGAAUCCUGUCUCCUGUCACCUGGCUCCAAUCCCACCAAGGGAAUGCCUGAGAGGGAAGUUCAUUCUCCUACUGGGAGAUUCCACCAUCCGCCAAUGGAUGGAGCACUUUGUAAGGAACAUGAACACUCUCAAGUCGGUGGAUCUGCACGAAUCUGGGAAACUGAAAAACCAACUUGCUGUGGACUUGGAUAGGAACAUCAACAUCCAGUGGCAAAAACACAGUUACCCUUUGAUCGGCUCCCUGACCUAUUCUGUCAAAGAGAUGGAGUACAUGGCCCGGGCCAUCGACAGGACUGGAGGCGGCAAAGACACUGUCAUCGUCAUCUCCCUGGGCCAGCAUUUCAGACCCUUCCCCAUUGACGUUUUUAUCCGAAGGGCCCUCAACGUCCGCAAAGCUGUCCAGCGUCUUCUUCUGCGGAGCCCUGACACUCAGGUGUUCAUCAAGGCAGAAAAUAUCCGGGAGCUGAAACCUGACGUGGAGCGGUUCACGGACUUCCAUGGCUACGUCAAUCAUCUGGCCAUAAAGGACAUUUUUCGGGAUCUCAAUGUGAGCAUCAUUGAUGCCUGGGAUAUUACCAUCGCAUAUGGCACAAACAACGUCCACCCCCCUGACUUUGUUGUUAAAAACCAGAUUGAUAUAUUUUUGAACUAUCUCUGCUAGAGAGCACACGUCUCGGAAAUCCAUUCCCAGACACCACUGAAGUGUCUGCUGUCAAAUGCUGCACAGGGCUCUGAGUUCCCGGUUAAGAUGGAGCAAUGCUGGAGCCAUGAUCUACCUAUUCAGUCAAGUCAGUUAUUUCUAACCAGGGCUUCCACUUAUAAUUUUUUUGUUGUUUUGGGCCACACCCAGUGGUGCUCAGGGGACCAUCAGGGUGCAAGGAUCAAACCCCCGGUUGGCAGUGUACAAGGCCCAAUUCGUUGAACUCUCCAACCCCCAAAUAUUUUUAUAUUAAAUUAAAGAAGACAUAAUUCUUGAUCAGUGUUUUAUCCCUCUUUACCGAUGAGAAGUCAAGCCCUAAUAGUUACAAGUUCUCUGGUCCAUGAAAAUGCAUGCAAAAAAGUCAUUAUGAAAUUGUGUUUUAAUAAGUCACCCCAUUUCCACCUCUCGAGACAAGUUCCCAAUGAAUUCCAAGUGAGGAGAAGAGAAUCGUUCUAUUGCUUGGGAAGCAAUGGAAUUCCAAGCAAGGCAACAAGACACUGAAAAUCCCAAUUUUCCCUCCCUCCACACAGGAACAGCUACGGCUAAUCACAGCUAGUCUGAUUCCACAGCAUUUUUCUUUCAGACCUACAGAGAAACAGAGGGAAUUCCCAGAGCUGGGCUUUACUUGGCUUGUGGCCAGGAGUUUUAUAACUCUCGUUGGUUUGUUUUCUGGGGUCAGUUUCCCAAAAGAAGCAGUUAGGCUAAGAUGAGUGAUUUUUCCAACCUUGCUCUGGGCUGGUUGGGGUGCCUGAAAUGCUAGUUCUGGUCUUACCUGGCGGGGCCAGAGAUAGGGUGCCUGGUGGAUAGCACUUGAAGAUUCUGUCAAUACCACCCGAACCAUCAGUCCAUUUUACAGAUAUGAGUACUGGGCUCUGGGACUUGUUAGUUUGGAGAAAGCUUCACUACUUAAAAUGUGUUAUGUAGAAAAUAAGUAUUUGUGGCUAAGAGUACAUACACAUUUUAAUUGAUAGGUCUUCCCAUAACCUUAUCCAAAAAGUGAUUGAUCUGUGCUUGUCAGCUAAGGUAAUAGAACUGUAAAGUGACAGUAUCAGAUUCUUCCUUAAUGUUUCCCUCUAACCCAGUCCCAGAGACCACGGAGUCCUGACCUGCUCUUACUUCCAGUAGGAAUAAACCAUGACAAGAGGAACAUCUCAAAUGUAUUUACUUGUCUCUGGGCAAGGAAAAAUAAUACAUUUUGGCUUAUUAGCCCAUAAACCACAGUUCAUUCACUGGUCAGCAUCAGCUUGGAUGGUCCGAGCGUGACCCCACACAAGAAUGGCCGUGCUCUUUAGAAAUCCACCAGUCCAAAAGGACCAGGCGUUCUCUGCCACCAAAACACAUGGUCACUGAAGGUGAAAGAUGUAAGUGUAAAAUAAUUCUAAACUGCUACUGUAGUGUGAACAGCAUAUAAGCAGGGCAGGUGAUGGAGAUGACUGGCUAGAGCAAUUACAGAAUCUCAAAGGAGGAGACUUUCAAGUGAGACCAAAACAAUGAAACAAUUGGCAGGUGUAAAACCCCCGAGAGGCAACAGAGCUGGGUUGUUUAAAGGCCUGGAGAAUCAUCAAGGAGAGAAACAAGGAGGGGAGAAAAGUUAGGCGGAUGGGCUGCAUCGUGCAUGACCUUCCCAUCAGUGACAGGGAGUUUCCAUUUUAUCCUGAUUAGACAGCAAAGCAACAGGCAGAUAGAGGGGGGGAGGGAGUAAUAGGUGAGAAGGAGGGAGGGGGUGUGGGGAGGGGCUUGUGAUCCUU